CGCGCCUCCAGUGUGACAGCGGCGGCUGAGGCGCCCGCAGCCUGAGCCCGCGGUGAGGGGAAGGGGGCGGUGGCUCCGCGGGGAGGAAGUGCAGCCGGAGGAGGAGGAGGAGGCCGAGGCGGCCGACGGGCACGGGCCGACGGGGGCACGCUGCGUCCUCCAGCAGAGUGAGAGCGGCGGUCCGAGCGAGGCUCCGGCCCGCGUGCGAGGACGAGCGUCUGCCCGGCGCCUGGGCCCGUGCUGCGGGUGAGGAACCGCCCCCUGCGCGCCGGGAGGAGCGGCGUGUGAGCGCCUCGGCUUCGGCCUCGGCCCCGGCCCGCCCGAGAGUGCGGAGCCGCCGCCCCUGCGGCCCGGCCCCGGCCGCGUGUGAGGGAGGCAGCCCGACCAGCGGCCCUCGCCCCCGCCAUGAGCCACAUCGAGAUCCCGCCCGGGCUCACGGAGCUCCUGCAGGGCUACACGGUGGAGGUGCUGAGGAACCACCCCGAUGACCUGGUGGACUUCGCCGUGGACUAUUUCACCCGCCUCCGGGACAGCCGCAACCUCGGCGGGCAGGGCGAGGGGAAAGACAGCGACGAAGAGGAGGACGAAGACUUUGAACCACCAGUUAUUAACAGAUACUGUAGAAGAGUAUCAGUAUGUGCUGAAUCUUUCAAUCCAGAUGACGAAGAUGAUACAGAGCCAAAGGUGGUUCAUCCCAAGUCUGAUGAACAAAGAUCCAGACUUCAGGAAGCUUGCAAAGAUAUCCUUCUCUUCAAAAAUCUUGAUCAGGAGCAGUUGUCUGAGGUCCUUGACGCCAUGUUUGAGAGGACUGUGGUGUCUGAAGAACACGUCAUUGACCAAGGGGAUGAUGGUGAUAACUUUUAUGUCAUCGAACGAGGCUCAUAUGACAUUCUGGUAACUAAAGAUAGUCAAAGUAAACGUGUUGGCCAAUAUGAUAAUCGUGGCAGUUUUGGAGAACUCGCCUUGAUGUACAACACUCCCAGAGCUGCUACCAUAGUUGCCACAACAGAAGGUUCAUUGUGGGGUCUGGAUCGAAUAACAUUCAGAAGAAUCAUAUUGAAAAACAAUGCAAAGAAGAGGAAAAUGUUUGAAUCGUUUAUUGAAUCUGUGCCUCUACUGAAAUCCCUAGAGAUUUCAGAGAGAAUGAAGAUUGUGGAUGUGAUAGGUGAAAAGAACUAUAAAAAUGGAGAACGAAUUAUUGCUCAGGGUGAGAAAGCAGAGAGCUUUUAUAUCGUGGAGUCUGGAGAAGUAAAAAUCCUGAUUAAAAGCAAGACAAAUAAGGACACAGAGGAUGAAGUGGAAAUUGCCCGGUGUCAAAAAGGACAGUAUUUUGGAGAGCUUGCUCUUGUCACCAACAAACCCAGAGCAGCUUCUGCUUAUGCAGUUGGAGAUGUCAAAUGCUUAGUUAUGGAUGUCCAGGCAUUUGAGAGGUUGCUCGGACCCUGCAUGGACAUUAUGAAGAGGAAUAUUUCCAAUUAUGAAGAGCAGCUGGUGAAAAUGUUUGGUUCAAGCAUGGACCUGAAUGACCCAGGAAUUUAGGCACAGCAUCUCCCUUCUCCCCCGUGCCUUCUCAGUUUGACACAGAAACUCCUCCUGUCAACAACACAACAUAUAAGGAAAACAGACACUACAGAACAGUUCCUGCCGUUGCUGCUGCUGCUGUUGUCUUGGGCAUUUUAGAAAAUGUGUCUCAGUGUAUUUGGAUGGGUAGAGGCUGAAUCUAUGCCUCCACUUUGCUGCUGAAAUUCCAUUUAUUAGACUUAAUUUCAUAAUGUUUUUAACCCAUUUUUCACACCUUUGGUUCAGAAUGGCAUGUCUCUCCAGCAAUUUAAGUGCCUGAUACAAAGUCCAAAGUGUAAAAUCCUCUUUUUUUUCCUCUUGCUGCUGCUACUCCUAUUGGCUGUUCUUUUUUUUCUUUUUCUUUUUCUUUUUUUUUUUUAAACAAAGCUGCAAAAACUGGUUCUGUCCCCAGGGAGAAAAGAUUUACAGCCUCUGAUCUCUUCCUUUGUCGUUACCUCUAAGAAUGUCAAAAUCUGCUCUGAAUUGUAGCUUUUAGAUUUGAAAUUUAAAAUUACCUGGAUAUUUUAAAGUAACUCUCUUUAGAAUAUUAUGGUACUGUGAUGUUUGUGCUAUCUACUGAAAGCUAUACAUGUUACAGGUGAUCCCAAGGCAUUUGGAUAUUCUUUGAAGAGAGUACAGUGCUGAAACAUAGGUCAUAGUCAUAGGUCAUUCAUCAGUAAACCAUGUCUUAAAGGAAGAAAGAUAAAAGGGAGGGUCUGAGAGUUAGUUUUUUCAGCCUCCUAUGGAUGACAGAGCCAAUUAAAAAUAAAAGUUUCUCUCUACAGUUAGUACGACUAAAUUGUCAUCCGUGUAAAACAAGGAGUCUGGAGAUGUGAUAGGUUUAACUUCUUGAAAAACUUCUUGAUUAAGCUGCUGUCACCUUUUUCUUUCCAGUUGUCCACAUCAGCAGGUGGUGGUAAUAUUGCUGAGAAGUUGACCUGUUCCUCUGUAGGAGAGCCCUUUCUAUUGCUCAGAGAUAUCUUAUAGCUUUGCUGUUGAAUGAUAAGUUUUAAAACUCUUUUUAAAGAAGAAAAAGCUCCUUUUUGUAACUUAAAAGUAAAAAAUAUUUCUGGACUCAAGGGAGUUCCCCUCACUUGCAUUCUUUUAUAGUAUUCUCUCACUCAGCUAGACAUUCCCAGAUGUCAACUGUAUUUUCAAAAAGUUGGGAACAUUUACUAUUUCAAGGAAUUUUUUUUAAAAGGCUUUGUAAUUGGGGAGUUCAGGAUGUUUGGUGUUCUAUUUGUCUUCUUUAGGAGGUAAUGUAAAUUUGUGUUUGAAUAGAGCACCUUUAGCCUUUAAUGUAUAUGUCAAGUACAAUUUUGAGUUCCCUUGAUUGCUUGACAUGCUUUGCAAUAAGAUUUUUUUCCAUCGGAGUGAUUGAGAAUCUAUCCUAAGGGGAUCACAGAAGCAGCACAAAAAUUACAUAAAGAUUAUUAAGUUUAUAGCAAGGUAAUAGUAGAUCUAGAGGCUCUUCCUAUUUUCCGUUUUCUUUUGAGUUGUAUGACUCACUGGGACCUGCCCAAGUGAUUAUGUAUCUGGGGUUGUAUAAUUCUCAUUGUGGAUGAUGAUGCUAGUAGAACUGACCUAAUUAUUUACCUUUCAUCACUGGUGAGCUAGUGCUCUGCCAUGGGCAUAUGGCCAGUAUGACUGACACCUGUGAAAAGCAUGACAGCAUGUAGUUACCCCCCUACACACACACACAUACACGAUGAACUUUCAGCCAGCAGCAAUCCUUAUUGAUUCAUCUUAAGGGUUUGGGUUUUGUUUUUUUUUUUUGCUUUGGUUACAUGAAUUGGAAGCAGAUUGAAUCUUUUCUAA